UCGUGGCGGCCUCAAGGACUGCACGCAACCUGAUCAACAGCUGCUUGCCAUUUAGAGCUUUUGAGAAUGCUUUUUGAUUCCUCUCGAUAGCAGAGUUUGUAAAAACAAUGCAGUCCCGAAAAGACUCGAAAUUUGACAACGCUUGGACCUAAAACGUAUUGUCUCCUCUUGAAGAUGAAGUAAUCCGGUUAGGUUUGCGUAAUGUUGAAACGUUCUUACUCCCCGUUACUCCGUCAACAUCUGGAUUAACCAUUUGAAGUCAACGGUCCAGAAAUAAUUCAUUUUGAAUCUAUUAUCUUGUUCGUUGGCUCUCACGAGUGUCCUGGACUGUAAUUUUUUGGGAUGACUUUUCGGAUGAGUUUUGCACAUAGAUUAUGCAGUCUUUAGGAUGGGUGCGAACAAUGGGAAACAGUACGGGAGCGAAGGCAAAGGGAGCUCCAGCAUCUCUUCUGACAUUAGUUCAAGUACGGAUCACACACCGACUAAAGCUCCAAAGAAUGUAGCUACCACCGAAGGCUCCGACCCGAGCGUGCGGACCCUAAGCACCCCCAGCCCUGGCCUCAUCCUGCCCCCCUCCCACUCCCCCCUAGCCCUCCCCAGCAACGGCCAUGAGUCCACCUCCUCCUCCUCCUCCGCCCCAGCAGAAACAGUUGCCAUGGUGCAUUCCCAACCGGGCCAACACACACGCACCCGCCAAUCAAAAGGCCACCACCACGCCGCCAUCGACCUCCUCCCCGACCACAUCCUCCUGCAGAUCUUCAGCCACCUGCCCACCAAUCAGCUGUGCCGCUGCGCGCGGGCGUGCCGCCGCUGGUACAACCUGGCGUGGGACCCUCGCCUGUGGGCCACGGUCCGCUUGACCGGGGAGCUGCUCCACGCCGACCGCGCCCUCCGGGUGCUGACUCACCGGCUGUGCCAGGACACCCCCAACGUGUGUCUGACCCUGGAGACGGUGGUGGUGUCUGGCUGCAGGAGGCUCACCGACCGGGGCCUGCACAUGGUGGCCCAGUGCUGCCCGGAGCUGCGGCGCCUGGAGGUGGCCGGCUGCUACAACAUCUCCAACGAGGCCGUCUUCGAGGUGGUGUCCCGCUGCCCCAACCUGGAGCACCUCAACCUCUCAGGCUGCUCCAAGGUGACCUGCAUCAGCCUCACCCAGGAGGCCUCAGUCCAGUUGCCCCCCCUGCACGGCCAGCAGAUCUCCAUCCACUUCCUGGACAUGACCGACUGCUUCUCCCUGGAGGACGAGGGCCUGCGCACCAUCGCCUCCCACUGCCCGCGGCUCACCCACCUCUACCUGCGGCGCUGCACGCGGCUGACGGACGACGCGCUACGCCACCUGGCCCUCCACUGCCCCUCGGUGCGCGAGCUCAGCCUCAGCGACUGUCGCCUGGUGGGGGACUUUGGGCUGCGCGAGGUGGCCCGUCUGGAGGGCUGCCUGCGCUACCUGAGCGUGGCGCACUGCGGGCGCAUCACCGACGUGGGGGUGCGUUACGUGGCGCGCUACUGCCCGCGGCUCCGCUACCUGAACGCGCGGGGCUGCGAGGGGCUCACGGACCACGGGCUGGGGCACCUGGCGAGGAGCUGCCCCAAGCUGCGCUCCCUGGACGUGGGCAAGUGCCCGCUGGUGUCGGACAGCGGGCUGGAGCAGCUGGCGAUGUACUGCCAGGGCCUGAGGAGGCUGAGUCUGAGAGCGUGUGAGAGCGUGACGGGACGGGGGCUGCGCGCGCUGGCUGCCAACUGCUGCGAGCUGCAGCUGCUCAACGUGCAGGACUGUGAGGUGUCGCCGGACGCGCUGCGAUUCGUCAGACGACACUGCAGACGUUGUGUCAUCGAGCACACAAACCCUGGCUUUUUCUGAAAGAGGUGGAAAGACGGGGGGGACGGUGUUUGAUUCGGGCUCUGACAAGUGGAUGUUGCAACAUUCCUGCUCUGGGGUUUCACGCAUGAGAGGAGCAAAGUUGUGGAAGCUGGUGUGCAAUAUUUGCC